AUGCGCCCUCUUUCUCGGUCGGCACUUCGGCCCUACGUCUGUCCCUCCUGUCGAUCGGGGGCAGUCACACGCAGGGGAUUCGCGACUCAGCCCUCCCCUGUACCUGAAGUCUAUGAUGUAGUCUGUGUCGGAGGUGGUCCUGUGGGCCUGGGGCUGUUGGCCGCUCUCAGAGCUUCUCCGGCCACUUCAAAACUCAAGGUCGCUCUUAUUGAGACCCAGGAUCUCAGCAAAGCCCGCUCAUGGAAGCUCGAACCGCACCAGUUCUCCAACCGAGUCAGCAGUCUGACACCGUCAUCCGUGUCGUUCCUCCAGAGAAUUGGUGCGUGGGACUAUGUCGACGCAAGUCGUGCUCAGAAGUACCAGGAGAUGCAGGUAUGGGACGGGGAGACAGGAUCGCGCAUAUCAUUCGACUGGUCCAUGGAAACAUCGCCGUUUGAGGAUCUCCCCACUGUAGCGACGAUGACAGAGAAUGCGAAUCUCGUUCGCGGACUGCUGUCGCGUAUCGAAGCAUCAGGCGAAGAGAAUCUAUCAAUCUUCUCAAACACAACGGUUUCGUCGAUCGAGAAUGGCAUUGAUCACCCUAGCGCCUUCGCGCAUCGCUGCCAGGCUCUUGGUCGGUGCCGACGGUAUCAACAGCCCCGUUCGUCGUUUCGCCGGCAUCGCGACGGAUGGCUGGGACUACGAUAG